UUCCAGCGGCAGCCGCAGGGGGCGCUGUUGUCGCUGUCCUUACCCAUAAGCGGGGGAGUGAGAGGUGCAUGAAAUGGAGAAAAAUGGCGGAUCAUGUGCAGGGCCUUGCCCAGCUGGAGAUCCUGUGUAAGCAGCUGUACGAGACGACCGAAUCCGCCGUCCGACUCCAGGCAGAGAAAGCUCUGGUCGAGUUCACCAACAGCCCCGACUGUCUCAGCAAGUGUCAGCUGCUGCUGGAGAGAGGCAGCUCGUCGUACUCUCAGCUGCUCGCAGCCACGUGUUUGUCUAAAUUGGUUUCUCGGACCAGCAACCCUCUGCCCCUGGAGCAACGCAUCGACAUACGGAACUAUGUUCUGAAUUAUUUGGCCACGCGGCCGAAGUUAGCGGCGUUUGUGACCCAGGCUCUGAUCCAGCUGUACGCCCGAAUCACCAAGCUGGGCUGGUUCGACUGUCAGAAAGAUGACUACGUGUUCAGGAACGUCAUCGCUGAUGUGACUCGCUUCCUACAGGACAGUGUUGAACACUGCAUCAUAGGGGUGACCAUUCUGUCCCAGCUGACCAAUGAGAUCAAUCAGGCGGACACGACACAUCCUCUGACUAAACACAGGAAGAUCGCGUCGUCAUUCAGAGACUCCUCCCUCUUCGACAUCUUCACUCUGUCCUGUAACCUCCUCAAACAGGCGUCUGGGAAGAACCUGAACCUGAACGAUGAGUCGCAGCACGGUUUGCUGAUGCAGCUGCUCAAACUCAGCUACAAUUGCCUCAACUACGACUUCAUAGGAACUUCCACAGACGAGUCGUCGGACGACCUCUGCACUGUACAGAUCCCCACGUCCUGGAGAUCAGCGUUUCUUGAUUCCUCCACCCUGCAGCUCUUUUUCAAUUUAUAUCAUUCCAUCCCUCCAUCCCUCUCUCCGUUGGUGUUGUCAUGUCUAGUUCAGAUCGCCUCCGUCAGACGAUCUCUCUUCAACAACGCAGAGCGAGCAAAGUUCCUUUCACAUUUGGUCGACGGAGUAAAGAGGAUAUUAGCAAACCCACAGUGUUUACCGGAUCCUAACAACUACCACGAGUUCUGUCGUCUGCUGGCGAGGCUGAAGAGCAACUACCAGCUGGGGGAACUGGUCAAAGUAGAAAACUACCCUGAAGUUAUUCGACUCAUAGCAAACUUCACUGUCACUAGUCUGCAGCACUGGGAGUUUGCUCCCAACAGCGUCCACUACCUGUUGAGUCUAUGGCAGCGCCUGGCAGCGUCGGUCCCCUACGUCAAAGCCACCGAGCCUCACCUGCUGGAGACGUACACGCCGGAGGUCACCAAGGCCUACAUCACCUCGCGGCUGGAGUCGGUCCAUGUCAUCCUCAGAGACGGUUUGGAGGAUCCUCUCGAUGACGCCGGCCUCGUGCAGCAGCAGCUGGACCAGUUGUCCACCAUCGGGCGCUGCGAGUAUGAGAAGACGUGUGCUCUGCUCGUCCAGCUGUUCGACCAGGCGGCGCAGACCUACCAGGAGCUGCUGCAGUCCACCAACUCCAGCGCCGCUGACAUCACCGUGCAGGAGGGUCGGUUAACGUGGUUGGUUUAUAUAAUCGGGGCAGUGAUCGGCGGACGGGUGUCGUUUGCGAGUACGGAUGAGCAGGACGCCAUGGACGGAGAGCUAGUCUGUCGGGUUCUGCAGCUGAUGAAUCUGACCGACUCCCGGUUAGCGCAGGCUGGGAACGAGAGACUGGAGCUCGCCAUGCUCAGCUUCUUCGAACAGUUCAGGAAGAUCUACAUCGGGGACCAGGUGCAGAAAUCCUCAAAGCUUUAUCGACGACUAUCAGAAGUUCUGGGUUUGAACGACGAGACGAUGGUACUCAGCGUCUUUAUAGGGAAAAUCAUCACAAACUUGAAGUACUGGGGCCAGUGUGAACCAAUCACCUCCAAGACAUUGCAGCUACUAAACGACCUCUCACUAGGGUACAGCAGCGUGAGGAAGCUGGUGAAGCUCACCGCGGUUCAGUUCAUGUUGAACAACCACACGAGCGAACACUUCUCCUUCCUCGGAGUGAACAACCAGUCGAAUCUGAGCGACAUGAGGUGUCGGACCACCUUCUACACGGCACUGGGGCGCCUGCUAAUGGUGGAUCUGGGCGAGGACGAGGACCAGUUCGAACAGUUCAUGUUGCCUCUGACGGCUGCGUUUGAAACUGUGGCUCAGAUGUUGAGCACAAACACCUUCAAUGAGCAGGAAGCUAAGCCAAUCACAGCAGCAAGUCACAUCCUGAUUGAAAAACAGAGGACGCUGGUGGGUUUGGUCCGAGACCUGCGAGGCAUCGCGUUCGCCUUCAACGCCAAGACGAGCUUCAUGAUGCUGUUCGACUGGAUAUACCCAGCCUACAUGCCCAUUUUACAGAGAGCCAUCGAGCUGUGGUACCACGACCCAGCAUGCACCACGCCGGUCCUCAAGCUCAUGGCUGAACUCGUUCACAACAGAUCCCAGAGGUUACAGUUUGACGUGUCGUCACCGAACGGAAUCCUGUUGUUCAGAGAAACCAGCAAGAUGAUCACUACCUACGGAAACCGUAUCCUGACGCUGGGGGAGGUGCCGAAGGACCAGGUGUACGGGGUGAAGCUGAAGGGCGUCAGCGUGUGCUUCGCCAUGCUGAAGGCGGUGCUCAGCGGGAACUACGUGAACUUCGGCGUCUUCCGUCUGUACGGCGACGACGCGCUGGACAACGCUCUGCAGACGUUCAUCAAACUACUGCUGUCCAUCCCCCACAGUGACUUACUAGACUACCCUAAGCUCAGCCAGUCGUUCUACUCGCUGCUCGAGGUGCUGACGCAGGAUCACAUGAACUUCAUCGCCAGCCUGGAGCCUCACGUCGUCAUGUACAUCCUGUCCUCCAUAUCAGAAGGACUGACGGCGCUCGAUACGAUGGUGUGCACGGGCUGCUGCUCCAGUCUGGACCACAUCGUCACCUACUUGUUCAAACAGCUGUCGCGCUCCACAAAGAAGCGUCCGGCUCCCAUGGCAACGGACGAUCGCUUCCUCCACAUCAUGCAGCAGCACCCGGAGAUGAUCCAGCAGAUGUUGUCCACAGUUUUAAACAUCAUCAUCUUCGAGGACUGUCGGAACCAGUGGUCGAUGUCACGACCUCUGUUAGGCCUCAUCCUGCUCAACGAGAAGUAUUUCGCUGACCUGAGGAACAGCAUCGUCAACAGUCAGCCUCCGGAGAAGCAGCAAGCCAUGCACUUAUGUUUCGAGAACUUGAUGGAAGGAAUAGAAAGAAAUCUACUCACCAAGAAUCGGGACAGGUUUACUCAGAACUUGUCGGUGUUCAGGAGGGAGGUGAACGACAGCAUGAAGAACUCGACGUACGGCGUCAACAGCAACGACAUGAUGAGCUGACAUUCCACACAUCAGAGUCUUAGAGCGCAGCCGCAGACAGAGCCCACCCCCCUCACCCCUCCUCCCCCCUCUCUGCAUCAGCGUCCCCCCCCGGGCCCGGAUGCCUGGGGGUCGUCUCUUCACUCGGAUUCACAACGUACGGGAUCGUUGAUUCAGUUCAGCGAGUAACUCCCCCUCACCCCUUCCUCCCCCUUUUUGAUAGAAGCAUAUAUAAAUAUAUACAGAUCUAUUUUAACGCCAGUCUGCAUCGGUCUGACCGCUGCGGCUGUCCUGACCGUAGGGGGCGCAUGUCGAAGCACUCGGAGGACGGAGGUGAGGACGGGGGCGAGGUGAGGAACGCCGGUUAAACGUAAUAAUCCGCUUCUGCCUGCCUUGUAUAGAAAACACUCAAAAAACCAAGUGUACAUUUUUUUUCGUAACAUUUUGAACAAUGUUUAUAAUGAUGAUUGAAUUUAAAAACACAAAGAAGAGUCGAGGAAAAAAGAAAAAAACAACAAAAAUCGUGUGAUUGAGCUUUUUACAGUGUAGUGAGUUAGGGCAACUGUCUGUCUGCGUGGGGGUGGGGGGGGGGCUGUCACGAUGCAGAGGAAGCAGAGAAACGCACACUAACACAGCGAGAGGCGUCCACGUUGUACAUUGUCCUCCGUCUCUGGUUGGCGUGAUGUAAAUAGUCACAUGACCCCGUGGCAGCGGGCGCGACGGGAUUUAAAGGGACAGUUCUGCUAUUUAUCAACGAGGUUUUGUUCUCGUGGUCGUGUCCGACUGAGUCGUGAAACCUUUUUGUUUGAGGAGAUUCUGUCGGAAACGAGUCUGAAGAUUGAAACUCCGUCGUAUCGAAUAAUCAUAAUCAAUUUGUGUCCUGAAGAGUCGACACGUGGCUUCAGGUCAGAAAUCGAAAUGUUUCCAGAUGAAGUUAACGAAUCGAAGCCUCGUCCGAUGUUUCAGAUAAACAACGUUUCUACAUUUAUUCAGUUUACUGAGAGAAAACUUUCUUCCACUUUUCUUUCUUAAAUGUCAUAACGUCAUCAAAGUAGUUUGAAGUAAUUUGGUGUUCGAUAAUUUUUCAGCUCAUCAUAAGUCUCACAAAGUUAAAUGUCACAGAACUUCAUGUUACCAGGAUUUUAGAAUCUGCAAAGUUUUCCACUUCAUUAUCUGAAACAUCCGAUCAGUUCGAUUUCAAUCAUCAGUUCAUUACGUUUUAAACUAGAACACUAAAAUAAUGUGAGAAUCAGCUGUUUGUGUCUUUGGACCUUUUUCACUGUUUUCUCACAUUUUAAUAUCGAUUAUCAAUAAUCAGUUAAUGAAUCAAUGAGGAAAUUAUUAGUUUUGUCCCGAGUGUGAGAAAACAUCAAAUCUCAUCAGAUUAUUUAUGAUCAAGUUUCCUCUGGUUCUGAGAAACACUCGUUCUUUGUGAUGGAAAACGUUUCUUAACCUCCCGUCAGAUCCGGCUGCGUCUCUCUCCUCGAGUCAACGCGUCUCUGCGACGAUCGACGUGUAAGCAACAUGGUCACGGCUACAUUUUCCCCUCUGGUAGGCUGGGUGCAGUUUCCACCAUUUUGUUUACACUCUGGAUUCCUCGGACCAGGUUUUGGGACUGCCCCCCCUCCCCCUUUAGGUCCUGCAGUGGAGUCGUUUUGUGUGCGUGUGUGUGUGUGGUUCUCUGUUGCCUGGUGUGUAUGUGGCGUCUCAUGGUGCUCGUGAUGGAGCUCAAACAGCCAAGGUCUGUGCCACCGCGUUGGGGGGGAAAGAAUCGUAAUGUUAUCAGUGAUAACGAUGGAAAUCUCCCGUCGUUCGUCAGCACACGUGUCCAUCAGAGCUCGUUGAAGGAAUCCAGUUUAGUUUUCAAAUAUCUGAAGUAAAUUGCAUUGAACCUUGGUAGAAGUCCGAACAGUGUAAAAAGAGAAGCAGGAGGAGUCUAUUAGCAACUUGUGUUACUCUCUACGAUGUUGCUGCUAACUGUUUGUGACAACUAGCUCAUCUCUAACAUGUCCGCACUCAUGGAUGUUUCUUGAGUUCCUAAUUUUUUGGUUUGUGUCCCUGAUGUGAAUGUGUUGGGUCCAUAGAGUGAAUAGCUGUUUGAGUUGUUUGGAUGUCUGCUACAUAUAGUGUAAGCAUUGUGACUGCAAAUAAACCUCAUUGAUUUUUA